AUGCCACAACAGCAGCGAACGACUCGCAAGUUCUUUCUCUUCGGAGGGAUCUCUGUGUUUGCCUUCACAGUGCUUCUGGUCGUCGGCCACACCGAAGCUCAUUCUUCAGAUGGAUUCCAAAGUGACGGAUUGCGACGGUUAAAUCGUUUUGUGAGGCAUUUCGAACCAGUGAUUUACGAUGACAGAGAAUUGCACGAACGGCAUCAGCGAGUGCGUCGAAGUACGGAUGUGGCUCUGCAUCUGCGCUUCAAAUCGCACAAUAGAGUCUUCCAUCUGCGGCUCAAAAGAGACACCUCAGCGUUUAUGAAUGACCUCUCCAUCGAAGACCACGAAGGUCGAAAACUCGACGUUGACACCGACAACCUCUAUUCGGGAGAAAUCGUCGGUGAGAAGGAGAGUUACGUUUUCGGCAGUAUCCACGAUGGAGUCUUCCAGGGUCGGAUCGAGUCGGAGGACAAGGAACAUUAUUACGUUGAGCGGGCUGCGUAUCACCGACCGAAGAUCCACGAGGCCGAGAGCAGUGACGGCAUCAAGUCGAGCGAAAAAUCAGGCGCUCAGCUGGGUCCGGAGUAUCAUUCCAUUAUGUAUGCAGCUUCCAACGUCGAACUGCCUGACCACUCGAAGGACAGUCAAGGGACUUGCGGCGCGACCGACGCUUCGACAAGGAAGUGGAUGGAGAAGAUAGCCAACUCGGCCGUGGUCGACGAUCGGAAAGACGACGCCAAGAGCCAGCGCCGGAAGAGGCACGAACCCGAAAUUCCGCAUUUCGAUGAGUUCAGGAACGAGGACGACGAGGACUUCGAGGGAUCGUUGCUCCUCGACGAGCCGGGCAAGAAACGUCGUUCGGCCGCUAGGACCAGUUAUGGAGUCGGCAGCCAACAGCGAUACUAUUACAGCGAAAGUCCACUCAACAAGUAUACGCGCGCACCGCAUGCUACGCUCGCUAGCAGUGCCAAUCGACGCGUCUGCAACCUAUUCGUGCAGACGGAUACGUUUCUAUGGGAGCACAUAAUGUCAACAGGCAAGGACAGCGCGAAAGCUCGCGAGGAGAUAUCGUCCCUGAUUGCGCAACACGUAGAAGCGGCCUCCCGUAUUUACAAGAACACAGACUUCAACGGAAUCAAAGACAUCAAAUUCGCGGUUCAGAGGAUUCGAAUCAACGACACAACUGCCUGCCACGGCCCGAAUAGAUAUACAAAUCCGUUCUGUGCUGCGAAUCUAGAUGCAUCGAAUUUUCUCAAUUUGAAUUCAUUGGCGAAUCACGAUGAUUUCUGCCUCGCGUAUGUCUGGACUUUCCGAGAUUUUCAACACGGCACUCUCGGCCUUGCCUGGGUUGCUUCCGUAAACGGGGCGUCGGGAGGCAUCUGUGAAAAAUACAAAACCUACUCAGAAAACAACAAUGGACGGAGCGAGAACGUACGGCGGUCUCUGAACACCGGCAUCAUCACGUUUCUCAACCAUAACGCCAAAAUCCCUCUGAAAGUUUCCGAAAUCACGUUUGCUCACGAGAUUGGUCACAACUUCGGCUCGCCGCACGAUUUCCCGUCGCGCUGCGUCCCCGGAGGACACAACGGAAACUACAUCAUGUAUGCAUCGGCCACUCAAGGCCACCAGGCCAACAACCAGAAAUUCUCAGACUGCUCAGUAGCGAAUAUUUCGAAUGUUCUCCACGCGAUCUUCAAAGGCGAGCAGAAAGACAACUGCUUCCAAGAGUACCAGGGACCAUUUUGCGGGAAUAAAAUCGUCGAAGCCAACGAGGAGUGCGAUUGCGGCUACGACGAACGGGAAUGCGACGAGUCGUGCUGCUUCGCGCGGGAGAACAGCGAGCGCCAGAAAGGUUGCACCCGACGGACGUUUGCGCACUGUUCGCCGAGUGAAGGACCGUGCUGCAACCUUCGGUGUGAGUUCGAGAACUCCGGCAAACCGUGCAGACUGGAGACCGACUGCACGGAGGUGUCGUACUGCAAGGGCAACUCGGCCAGUUGUCCGGCGCCGACUCACAAGCUCAACAAGACCGAGUGCAACAACGGAACUCAGGUGUGCUGGAACGGCGAAUGCUCCGGCAGCAUCUGCAACAAAUACAAUCUCGAGGAGUGCUUCCUGGUCGAAGCCAAAACACCCGAUCCCGACAAGUUGUGCGAAGUGGCAUGCCAGGAGUGGAACAAGUCGGAAACGUGUCGGAGCACGUUCGAGAUCGAGUCCAUGCGUCACAUCAGUGGCAUCAAGCUUCGUCCCGGUUCUCCGUGCAAUGAUUUCCACGGCUAUUGUGACGUAUUCCAGAAGUGUCGGAACGUCGAUGCCGAGGGUCCUCUCGCUCGACUCAAACGACUGUUGUUCAAUAAGCAGAGCCUCCAUUCAGUACGCCAGUGGGUGGCAUUGAAUUGGUGGGCCGUGUCGCUCAUGAUGGUCUCGUUGAUCAUCACCAUGUCGUGUUUCAUUCGCUGUUGCGCUGUACAUACGCCGAGCUCGAAUCCACGAAUGCCUCCAGCGCUCCGGAUAACGGAUACUUUGAGGCGCCCAGGGGACACUUUCAAACGAAGGAAACGUUACGUGCCCCCCAUAGAGCAAAACGGACCUCCGCCACCUUAUCCAGGUGUUGGGGGAGCGGUGGUGGCCCCCUCCGCGCCGCCAGGGCCAUCGGUGGCUCCUGGAAGUGCACAGAACGUUGCACCUUCAGGGCCAUCUCACGGCUACGGCCAGGGACGAGGCCACUACAACCGCUCUCAGCAACAGCAGCAGCAGCAACAGCUACAGCCACAAAAUCAACAGAAGCCUCAAUCGGGAGGACAGAAAAGCAAAAAGGCCAACAAAGGACAUAGUGUCGAGAUGCAGCUGCAUCACGCCAAUAAUGCUAGUAGAAAUCCAAGGGUAUGA